AUGGGUACUCCGCGAAACCUGUUAAUGCUCUCCCGGCCAACCUUUACCAUGCGAUGUGGUCGUAUGCCCGUUUUGGUCAUUGCGUUAGUCGCCUUCCAUCUGUACUUGAUCAGAGCCUGGCUCGAGAAUCAGAAUUGGGAGUAUGGUGGUGUCGCGUCGAGCGCCCUCCUGGACGUGUCUGAGGCGGCGCAGAACGAGACUCUCGGUUUUGAGAAAAUUUAUUACAUCAGCCUGCCUCAUCGGACUGAUCGUCAGGAUAUGAUGACUCUGCUCGCCGCAUCUACAAACAUCAAGCUAGCCCUUCAACCAGGAGUAAAUGGAUCCAACGUCAACGACAAGGCGAAACCGAAAGGGACUAUUGUCUUGGAAGACGAUGCGGAUUGGGAUGUCGAGGUCCACGACAUAUUUCAGACAUUAAGUGUGCAAAUGAGGAAAGGCGAACUGAGAAAAUGGAAAGCUACAAAGUACGAGGCUAAUCACGCCCCUUAUGGCCUAGACUGGGACCUUUUAUACAUCGGCACCUGCUGGGACAUUCCCAAUGGAGAAAAUCGCCCGAAGCAUCAAGUGUAUAACGAUCGGUUUUCUCCAAGUUCAACCGAAAUGACCGAUUCCUUCCGUAAGGAACUAGAAGACUGGGGAGUUGACCUCGCGAAUAACACCCGAGUUCGAGUUUUGGCGCCGUCCUGGUAUUCCGUGUGCACUAUUGGCUAUGCAUUAACCAACCGAGGAGCCCAGAAGCUGCUGUAUACGAUAGGAAACAGGGAAAGUAUGGGAGCACCUAUCGAUCUGGCCAUGAUAGACAAGGUGCAAAAAGGAUACCUGGACGCUCUUACUGUAAUACCACCAUUGGUGACACCAUGGAAGACUGGGAGGGUUUCAGAUAGCGAUAUUGAUAAUCUCGCUGAGCGGAAAGGAGAACUUCCCUCUGGUAGCGAGAAUUUGCAAAACAGUGCGCGGAAGGCCAUGGAGAACUCUCUGCUCGGCGGCCAAGGAGACUAA